UCUCUCUCUCUCUCUCUAUAUGCACAGGUCAUGUUUUACUUUACCUUUACCGCUUGCAGUUAUCAGUUAGCCGUAUACUAUGGCCAGCCAUCCCACAUCAUGCCCCCGUUGUGACGCCCAGAAGCAGUAUCCAAAAGCCGCCGUACCACACACAGCGCCUGCAACGCCUCAACCCGCGAAAGUCUUCCGCCCGGGCAUUUGUAUGCUAUGCUUGUUGAAUCGAAAAAUGCUUUCUCGACCGGCCAUCAUUCGCGCUCCGAACGCAGCACAAGUUGUGAUUUGAUCGCAAGCAGAACCAUGCUGCUUAUGUUCCCCUCUCCCCAUCAUCAUCCGUUCCUUUUGUCCACAUCCACCCACCGCAUCGCGCAUCUUGCAAGGACGCCCCGCCUCCAGGACGUACAACUCUGCUUCUUCAUCCUUCCUUUCUUCUAUCCUCUUCCUCCUCCGGUGCUGGAUUCACCUUCUUCAACCACUCAUUUCCUCCAAGGCAUCAUCCAACCCCUCCUCUCCAAGUUCCUCUUCCGCUCCUCAUCCCGCUUCGCCAACCUCUCCUUCCGCGCCUUCGAGCUCGAACUGCCCUUCGCAGCCGAACAACCAUUCAUCAGGCUAUUCCGCGGGAAAGUAUAAUUCGCAUCGGCCCUAUCAAUCACACCAAUGUCAGCAAGAUCCACUCGCCAUCUCCAUCCUUCCAUAGUGGAA